AUGGAAGAGGGGAAGAGUUUGGAAAGCGUCGCAGGGCAAGUGCUCGGAGGCCAGAGUGGGAUGCAGGACGGGAGCUUUCCUAUGCCGCGUGCGCGAAGAAAGGACCUAGUCUUGGGCAGGACGACCUUACCAUGGAGCCGGAGACAACUAUCCGAAGCAGGUAAAGGCGAGAUGAAUGAGUCGCGCGCGGUCAAUGCUAGGACGUUUGUUGCUCAGUCGGCGAAAAGUGGCGCUUUUAAGACGGGCCGUGCGAACGAAGGGGCCAGGGCGCAAUCAGAAAAGACGCGAAACCACAUCAGUCGCAAAAAGGAACAGCUCCAGGGCGCGAUGCGACAGGGCGCGGGAGGCGGCCCAGCACUGGCUCAGGCACACGCGCGCCGAGGGGCAAGGCCCAGCGCACAUGGGGACGGUGAGGGCGACCACGACGACCAAGAAGACGGCGGCGGCGGCCGUGGGCAAAGACAGGUGAAGAGACGGCCGAUUAGCGCAAGGCAAAUGGGCGAGCAGCGUGCACCAAAGGACGGUCAGAGACAUCAGAGAGCUUCUGCAGCUUCGCUUGUGCACGCCCAGCCCGCGCAGGUGGUAGCAGUCGCAGUAGUCGCACCCACACUGUCGCCAUCAAACAAUGGCGCCCUCUCUGCCCGUCGCCCGUCGCCCCUCCCAGGGCAUUACCGCAACCGCAACCGCAACCGCUGCAGACAGCAAACGUCGCUCCCGUCCAUGGCAACCGCGCAGCCAUGCCAUAUCCAUUCCAUAUCCAUGUGCAAUCUGCAUCCGUCAUCUGCCUCGUCCACCACAAACUGCCCUGUCCACUCCGGCCCUUGUGGCUGGCCGUCGCUGGGCACUUUGUUUCGUGCGGCUUGCGCGCUUCUCCGCUCAUCACCAACACCACUCCUCUCCGCAGCGACCCUGGCCCAGCUUGAGGCAAGCCUGAAGCUGAUCCGAGCUCGUCGAGGCACUAGUCAACAUGCCCAGUCCUCCCAGCCUCCACUCUACUGCGGCACCAAGGCAUUCGAGAAGGCUCGUGGAAGUGAUGUGCUGCAGGUGGCGUCUAGACAGCCCGUAUGCCCUAUCUUUUUCGGCCUGACAAAGGAUGGAUGGCUAUGCUGCCCAUUGCCACUGGCGACCUCGUCCCCAAUCUCCCUCAAAACGGAUGCGGCAAUCUGCGACUAUCAUGGCUACUACAUACCACUAACCACUGCCGCCAUUGCUGCUGCUGCCCAAAGAUCUGCACUCGCACGCUGCGGAUCCUGGCGAAACUCCUAUAGGCAGCCUGGUGGCACAUGGCCAGAUGGUGCGUAUACUCCCUGCACUACCCAUUUGCCCGCGUCGUACGGUUGCGGUGGGAAAACGCGGCUCUCGGCCUGUUUCACCAUGACAAAACAUUCUCGGGAAAAUCCUGGAUGUUAUUUAGCGCGCCCAGUGGCCGCUGCUGCUAAGCCCGUCGCAGCAGUGGCCAUUGAAGCCAUUUUGUCAGAUGACCAGCCGACUCUGCCCGGUCCUGUCCGCCGACGCUACGCCAAGUUGCGGUCUGCCUCAACCUCGAUGAUUGCUGCUGCUGCCAAAGCCAUGUCCGAUAGACGACUCCUCUCCCCACAGCCCGAGCCGUGUUUAACAAGGCCUGCUCCUACACAGAGUUUUGCGCCCUAG